UCCCACACAGCCAAUCACAAUCCCACACUCCUAUCCUCACCAGAUAAGGCUUCCCUUCUCCCUCUGCUCUAAAUUAAUCACAUCUCUCUCUCUCACCUCCCUCCAUAACCAAAACCAAAACCAAAACCAUCUCAACCUCCCCUCCCAUGGCGUCUGCCUGUGCAUCAUCCGCCAUUGCCUUCUCUUCCCCAAGUUCCCAGAUUGUCGGAGCUACCAAAGCCUCUUUCUUCGGGACAAGAAAGCUGCGGGUCACCAAGUUCGCAGCCCCGACCGCCGCAAGAUCCGUCACCGCCUGCAGCUUCGCCCCCGACCCCGACAGACCCCUCUGGUUCCCCGGCAGCACCCCUCCCCCGUGGCUCGACGGCAGCCUUCCGGGGGACUUCGGCUUCGAUCCACUCGGCCUAUCGUCGGAUCCCGACAGCUUGAGAUGGAACGUGCAGGCGGAGCUCGUGCACUGCCGAUGGGCCAUGUUGGGCGCAGCCGGGAUAUUCAUCCCCGAGUUUCUAACAAAAAUCGGAAUCCUCAACACGCCGUCAUGGUACACGGCGGGAGAGCUUCAGUACUUCACCGACACGACGACUCUGUUCAUCGUCGAGCUGGUUUUCAUCGGCUGGGCCGAGGGGAGAAGAUGGGCCGACAUUCUGAAGCCCGGAUGCGUCAACACCGACCCGAUUUUCCCCAACAACAAGCUCACCGGGACGGACGUCGGGUACCCCGGCGGGCUCUGGUUCGACCCUCUCGGAUGGGGAACUGGAUCGCCGGAGAAACUUAAGGAGCUGAGAACGAAGGAGAUCAAGAACGGACGGCUGGCGAUGUUGGCGGUGAUGGGAGCAUGGUUUCAACAUAUAUAUACUGGAACGGGCCCGAUCGACAAUCUCUUUGCGCACCUUGCUGAUCCCGGGCACGCCACUGUUUUUGCUGCUUUUUCACCCAAGUGAAAGGUUUGACGGAUCAGAUGUUUAACAAGUAUCGGGUAAAGAUUGAGAGCAGAAUUGAGAAUUCAUCAGUGUGUUGUUCCGAUUAAUGUUGUGCAUCGUUAGAUAUGUAUUGGUAAAUCUUUAUAAGGUGUAGAAGAAGAGCUCAUGCUUUGUACAAAGACCUCUAAGAGAUCGCGACUACGUAAAUAGACUUCAUCUCCUUAAAUCUA